UCACGCUUGUUCAGUGUCACUUGAUGGACCCUGAGUUAUUAUGCUUUUGGCUGCUGUGACCACCCUGCCCUGAACAUCCUGGUCCAUGUUUUGAGGAAAAUUUCAAAAAUGUUUCAAAUUCCUGUGGAAAAUCUUGACAACAUCAGAAAGGUGCGGAAAAGGGUGAAAGGCAUUCUUGUGGAUGUCGGGCUUGACAGCUGCAGGGAGUUGCUGAAGGACCUUAAAGGCUUUGAUCCAGGAGAGAAGUUCUUCUAUAACACGUCAUGGGGAGAUGUUUCUCUCUGGGAACCUUCUGGAAAGAAAGUGAGAUACCGAACAAAGCCAUACUGUUGUAGCCUGUGCAGAUACUCAACAAAGGUGCUUGCUUCGCUCAAAAACCAUUUACAUCGUCACCACGAAGAUGAGGCUGACCAGGAGCUGGUGAUCCCAUGCCCCAACUGCACCUUUGCCUCUCAGCCCAAGGUGGUGGGCAAGCACUUCAGGAUGUUCCACGCACCUGUUCGAAAGGUCCAGAACUACACAGUGAACAUUUUAGGUGAGACUAAGUCAUCUAGAAGCGACGUGAUCAGUUUCACAUGUUUGAAGUGUAGCUUUUCGAACACCUUGUACUACAGCAUGAAGAAGCACGUGCUAGUGGCUCAUUUUCACUACUUGAUCAACUCUUACUUUGGCCUGAGAACUGAGGAGGCAGGGGACCAACAGAAAGCAGGCGAUGCUGCUUCUGAGGACAGGACCCCCCCGCCCGACCGGUACUACUGUAAAAAGUGCAGUGCCAAUGCCAGCAGCCAGGACGCUCUGAUGUACCACAUCCUGACAUCCGACUUGCACAGGGACUUGGAGAACAAGCUGAGGUCUGUGAUUUCAGAGCACAUCAAGAGGACGGGGCUCUUAAAGCAGAUGCACAUUGCCCCAAAGCCAGCUGCCCGGGUGGCCAUACCACCCAGCAGCGGCGCCCCUGGCAUCCCGGCACCGCCACCUUGCUUUCGUCUUACCUUGCCACAGAGCGGCCAGAGCCCGGCCGUGGUGCAGCCAGUGACAGUGGCCCCGGGUUCUGCUGGGAGCCUGACCCACUCCCCGCCUGCGGUGGCCCAGUCCCAUGUGACCCUGGUCUCCAGCCCUCUGCCUGUGUGCCAGAGCGGCCUCUCCCUGCAGCCCUCCGCCCCCCAGCCUGUCCUCCUGUCUCACGGGGUGCCACUCAGCCAGCCCGUGAACCCCCCUGUGUUGCCCCUCACCCAGCCUGUGGGGCCCAUGAAUAAGCCUGUCGGGAAGAGCGUCCUCCCCGUGAGUCAGGCUGUCCGCCCCGGGGUCUUGCCCCUCACCCAGCCUGUGGGACCCAUAAGCCGACCUGUUGGGCCUGGUGUCUUGCCUGCCAGUCCCUCGGUCACCCCCGGGGUUCUGCAGGCUGUCUCACCAGGGGUGAUUUCUGUGGGUAGAGCAGCGCCAUCGGGGGUCCUUCCUGCAGGCCAAAUGACCCCUGCGGGGGUCAUCCCUGGGCAGACAGCGACUUCUGGGGUUCUCCCCACUGGCCAGGUGGCCCAGUCAGGAGCUCUCCCUGUUGGCCAGACAGCCCCUUCUCGGGUUCUUCCCCCUGGUCCGACGGUGCCCUUGAGAGUUCUCCCUGCAGGCCAGGUGGUCCCAUCUGGCCUGCUCUCUCCCAGCCAGGCCGUCCCUGCGGGGGUGGUCCCUGUGAACCAGGGUGUGAGUUCUGGUGUGCUGCAGCUCAGUCCGUCAGUCAGCACGGGUGUCCUGCCCGUGAGCCCCCCGGUGAGGGCCGGGGCCUCGCAGAGCACCACCUUCCUCACGUCAGGCUCCAUUCUCAGGCAGCUCAUUCCCACUGGGAAGCAGGUGAAUGGGAUCCCCACCUACACCCUGGCUCCGGUGUCUGUCACUCUGCCUGUGCCCCCUGGCACCAGCAUGGCCACUGUUGCCCCCCCGCAGGUUCCCGUCCAGCUCUUACCCUCGGGCACAGGUACGCACGGGGCCAGUUCCCUGCCCAGUCUGCCCUCCCCACCGGUGCUGGUGAGCACUGCCCAGAGCGUGUUCGUUCAGGCCGCCCCGUCCGCAGCGGAUGCCAACCAGGUGCUCAGACAGGCCAAGCAGUGGAAAACCUGCCGGGUGUGCAACGAGCUCUUCCCGUCCAACGUCUACCAGGUGCACAUGGAGGUGGCUCACAAGCACGGCGAGUCCAAGCUCUGCCGGGUGUGCAAUGAGCUCUUUCCGACCAACGUCUACCAGGUGCAUGUGGAGGUGGCUCAUAAGCACGGCGAGUCCAAGGCAAGCGAGAAGCUGGAGCCCGAGAAGCUGGCUGCAUGCGCACCCUUCCUGAAGUGGGUGCGGGAGAGGGCCGUGCGGUGCCUGUCCUGCAAGUGUGCGGUCUCGGAGGAGGAGCUCAUGCGCCACCUGCUCAUGCAUGGCCUGGGUUGCCUGUUCUGCCCCUGCACCUUCCACGACAUCCGGGGCCUCCUGGAGCACAGCAGGACUAAGCACCUGGGCAAGAAGAAGCUGCCCCUGGACUACAGCAACAGGGGCUUCCAGCUGGACCUGGACGCCAGUGGCAACCUUCUGUUCCCCCAUCUCGACUUCAGCACCAUACUGCCACGGGAGAAGCUGGGGGAGCGGGAGGUCUACCUGGCCAUCCUUGCCGGGAUACACUCCAAGUCCCUGGUGCCCGUGUACGUUAAGGUGAGGCCUCAGCCGGAGGCUCUGCCCAGGGCCCCCAGCAGACAGAAGCUGACCUGUCCCUUCUGCUUUGGCACCUUCCUGACAGCUGAGGCCUAUGAGCUGCACCUCAAGGACAGGCACCAUGUGAUGCCGACCGUCCACACGAUGCUCAGGUCUCCAGCCUUCAAGUGUAUCCACUGCUGUGGGGUCUACACUGGAAACAUGACCCUGGCGGCCAUCGCUGUGCACUUGCUGCGCUGCAGAAGUGCUCCCAAGGACAGCAGCUCGGGUCUGCAGAUCCAGCCAGGUUUUAUUGAGAGCAGCGAGCUGCUGUUGGUCAAUGGGGAAGUGAUUCCUGAUUCUACUUUUCCUGUAAAGAGGAAGUUGCCAGAUGGCCAUGUGGGAACAGAUGACCAGCUGGAGCGGGAGGAGCCUCUGCUUGUCCUAAACACUGAGGUAGCGCCAGGUCCAGAGAAAGGGACAAGUGUUGUGCCUCUGAAGAGACAGAGGAACGAAGGCAGGACAGAGGGACUCACGGCUGGCGAUGACAUGCUCCAGGUCUUGGUAUUAGACCCUAAGAAAUAUGAAGGCCGUUCCUACGAGGACAAAAAGCAGUUUCUUAGAGAUUAUUUCCAUAAGAGGCCCUAUCCUAGCAGAAAAGAAGUAGAAUUGCUGUCCUCGCUCUUAUGGGUGUGGAAAAUCGAUGUGGCUGCGUUUUUUGGGAAAAGGAGAUAUAUUUGCAUGAAAGCAAUAAAAAACCACAAGCCCUCUGUGCUUCUAGGCUUUGAUAUGUCUGAACUUAAAAAUGUUAAGCACAGGUUGAACUUUGAAUAUGAACCACAGCAUUCAUAGGAGAGUGAGCCUCAGCCCCAGGCCAUGUGGUUCCUGGACAUAGACUGCCCUGCUGAGUCCAGUCCCCCCUGCUGCUCUUCAGGUGCUCGGAGAGACUUCUGCUGAGGAAGAGGAGGGUUCUUAGAUUGGUUGUUUCCUGCAGUUGGGGUCUAACAGUUACUCUGUUUUCUUCUGUCAUGUAAAUUAAAUCUUUUGGUAUUCA